AUGGCAAAUAUUGUGCACCUGCCUCUCAUUUGGAUUCUCUGUGUUUUUACAAGCUGCUUCAGUGAAUAUUAUUGCCCAAAGGGGGCAAAAAUCGACCGCGAUGGUUUGCGCUGUUACUGGAUGCCCACAUUUAAGUCAACAUGGCUAGAAGCAAAAGGCAUCUGUCAGACAGAGGAGAGAGGAGACCUUGCUAUGGUGGACAGUGUGACUGUACAUACCUUCAUACAAAAUUCAUUUCAACUAGAAGCUCCAGCUGGAGUCUGGUUGAGAAACGGAAUGGCACAGGGUCCGUUCGAUGAUUUAGAUACUGAGGAAAGUGAGGUGAAGGACUGUACUUCAAUGGCUUUGGCUUCUGGACAGUGGAUGAAUGAACAUUGUAAUAAAGGAAAUUUCAUUAUCUGUGAGAAAAAGAUAUCAGUGUCUUUGCCAUCGCUGGAGAGCUACGUGGCAGGUGUCCCACUAAUGUCAGGCAUAUACACAGUGUCCCAGAUACAACUGCUACCCUCUCCACCAGACCCAGGACCACAAAUGGUUGAGAUUAUGUUGUUCCCAGGUCUUUGGUUCAGUCACGAGGGUCGAGUCCUGUCUUUGGAUUUGGUGACGCAGCCAAAUGAUAAACUGACCUUUGCUAGAGUGCAAAUCUUACGGCCGUACUGCAACCCAAGUCAUCACCUAGUACCACCUGGUUGUAGUUCUCUCCUGAACCCUUUCAGCUGCUGUUCACUGGUGCCCAUGUGCAACACCACUGGUGGCUGUGCCAGUGGGCAGUACUGGUGUCACCUACUGGAGAUCUGCCUGCCCGUCACCAGUCCGUGCAGCCCUUACCACUCUUUUAACACGGGACAUGUAUUCCCCCUGCCUCCCCGCUAUCCUGCGACGCCACCAUUCUUCCACUUGAUGGCAGACAUGUCACUGACACUGACCCCAAGCACUGAGCACACACACAUCAGUGUUAUAGUACAAGACAAACAAAUCACUGUUUAUCCUGAUGACAUUCUGGCAUUGCAACACACUAGAAGAGCAGGCAAAUUUCUACAUUGUGUUGCCAGCACCAACUCGUCCUGGCGGCAGAGUUUCCUCUCCCUGCAUGGGCCUGAGUGGGGGGGCUGGUUAGAGGGCGGUCUGUCUGCCCAUUCGGGACAGGACCAGUGGCUAGAUGAGCUGGUCUGUGACCUCCGGGUGAUUUACGAGGACACAAUGCCACGCUUUGGAGUUUCACCAAUACCCAGCACCUCACAGAGCAACAGUCAAAUCAUAGCAGAGAGUCCUGUCACAGGGUUGCAAGUUUUGUAUCCAAAACUUGAUAAGGACAACCAAAUGCAUGUUGCUGUCAAUGUGCCAAUCCUCAUUGUCAUCCAGAUCAUUUCAGGAGAAAACGCAACAAGUUCCUGGUCAGACCCUGUGUCUAAGAAUGAAGUCCCUUUCGUAUCCUCUUGCCCUGCUGAGAUUGAAGGAGGAUGUGUUAGGGCUUCUCUUGACAUGUGGUUCUCUCAUGUGUACAUGAAGCUUUCUAGUCAAGGGGAACAUAUACUAAACAUCAUGGCUUCAAACAGCUUGAAUUCCCAGACUCUGAGUGUGAGAGCUGUGUCUCAUAUUCCUGUAACUGGGCUGAGAAUCCAGCCUCAGGGCUUCAGCAGAGUUCUAGUAGACAUACCACAGUUGUUUACAGCUUCAGUAGUCACAGGCUCAUCAGUGAAGUAUACUUGGGUUAUUGAUGACCUGGUCCAGUUUCCACACACAGGAGAGUCCUACAGCGUGGUUUUUAAGAAGCCAGCAGAAUACAAGCUAAAGGUAAUGGCAAAUAACCCCGUGAGCUCUCAGUUAAUUGAGGUGAAGCUCACAGCUGAUGUAAUGACCCCAUUAGCUGACCUAGCAGUAAUUUCCAUGCCAGAGGCCAUUGCUGUAAACACCUCAACUCGCUACACAAUUCGAGUUAAAGCUGACAUCUCUAUAGGCGCUACAAUCAGAUGGGAUUUUGGUGAUAAUACAGCAUCUGUCAGUCCUUUAGAGAUGGAAGACAGCUAUGUUCACCAAAGCGCCAAAUAUGUCUAUCUGCAAGAUUCCAUCCAUCAUACAUAUUCUUUUCCAGGUGACUACACACUGAAAAUCAAGGCUUACAAUCAAUAUGACCAAACUGAAACAUUUGUAACUGUUAAAAUAAGGACUCCAAUAUCAAGACUGUUGGUGUCACCAUCUCCUAUUGUGUGUCAAGUCAACCACACCAUCCUCUUUGAGGUCUCACUAUGGCCCUCUUCAUACAGAGUGCUUUAUUCAUGGAACUUUGGUGAUGACUCUGACCAAGUGAAGGAAUAUUACAGUGAAGUCAGGCAUGUUUUUAAAAGACCCGGCACAUACAAUGUUACCAUAUGUGCCAACAAUUCCCUGUCGGUCUUGACUAACUCUACAGCAGUGGAGGUAGUUGAGGCUGUCUCAGGUCUCCAGCUAUAUUACAACAGCUCCAUUGAACUGAACUGCACAUUUGAAAUCAGUGGCAGAGUAUCUUUAGGCACAGGUCUAAAAUGGACCUUUGACUUUGGAGAUGGUUCGGCACUUAAAGAUCACACCGAAAGCUCAGCCUCUCACAUUUAUAAGUCUCUCGGAAAUUACACUGUUCAGGUUACUGCUUAUAAUUCUGUAAGUAAAGAACACCAGUUUGUCAGCGUGGAAGUUCAUCAUUUGCGAAUUAGUAAAAUUAUCCCAACAGACUGCAUUGUAAGUAAAACAGAGACCAGUUUUGAGGUGUUGGUCAAAGGAUAUGUUCCAUUUUUGACUUUCUCCUGGGAUUUUGGAGAUGGCACACCAUUUUCUGUCAUUAAAGGAGCUACAACUAUCACUCAUACUUUUCUAACUUCGGGAAUUUACACAGUUGGUGUAAAUGUUCAUAGCCUGGUGGCUUCGGCAAAUUAUGAAACCAGCAUAUGUGUUGAGACUCUAAUAACAGAUGUUACUCUGCAUUCAGCCAAGAGAGCUGUAGCUGUGAAUGAGGAAAUAUGCUUUGAAGUUUCUGUGCUUCCCAAAGUAACAGAUUAUCUGUUUUGGUGGAAUAACAAUGUUUCUAGUGAUUUAGUCCCAGUCAAAGGUCUGUCACACCAUUGCUUUGUUUUUCAAGAGGAGGGUUUGCAUGAAAUUUCAGUGCUGGUCCAUAACAAAGUCAGCAAUGGAACAGCAAAAGCAACCAUUUCAGUUCAAAGGCCUGUAUCUAAUCUAUCCAUAAAAUAUGAGGGUAACCAUGAUGCUAUGACUGUGAAUCAGUCCUAUUACUUUUGGGCUGAGCUCCCUGGUACAAUAGCUUCUUUUCAGUGGGAUUUUGGUGAUGGUUUCAAAACGGAGGGUCAGAAUCAAUCACACGUUUUCUGUUUUCCUGGACGAUUUCAUGUAACAGCCACCGCAUCCAAUGUAAUAAAUUCAGAUUCUGUGUCUAUAGAGAUUGAGGUGCAGGCACCACUGUCAUACUUAACGGUUAAUACCAGUCAGCCAUUUGUGGAGGCUGGAAAAGAGAUACUAAUGACAGCUCAGACUGAUGUUGAUGAAAAUGUUGUGUUUUAUUGGAUGGUGAAUCCUUCAUCACCUCCAAAGCCUGGGAUGUCCACGUUCAUGCAUGUGUUUCCUAAAGCAGGGGUGUUUCAGAUUAAAGUCACAGCACAAAAUCUUGUCAGUCGAGUAGAAUCCAUAACGCACAUUAAGGUUGUAGAGAGAAUACAUGGAGUUCGAAUUCAAUCUCAAGGGCUACAGUCUACAAGAUAUUUUAUGACAAAUCAGACCGUGCUCUUGAUGGCAUCAGUGACAUGUGGUUCUAACUUGACAUAUGAGUGGACUGCAAACCAAAGAAUGGCAAGCACUAGCAAACAAUUUCCACUUUUUACAAACAGCCCUGGUGAUAUACACAUCAAGCUGGUAGUAUCCAAUGUUCUUGGAUCAGUAGAUGCUGACCUUUCACUCAGAGCAAUAGAGCUUGUGUCUGGUCUGAGUAUUUCAUCACCAAUGAAUACUGUAGCCAAAGGAAAGCCAGUGAGAAUAUCUGUGAGUGUGUCCUCUGGAACAGACCUUCGGUACUCAUGGUUCUUGGAUUCUGAGAGCAGUCCUGUAAUAUCAGAUGUGCCUUUUGUUCUGCAUGUUUUUAAAGUUAUCGGUGAGGCCAAGAUCAGGGUAUCGGUCUCAAAUGUAUUUGGGUCUGAUGAUGCAACCAAGCUAUUAAUAAUUCAGGAGAACAUCUCUAAAGUAGACUUUCAGAUAAAUGGACAAUUUAGACCAUUUUUUGUAAAAUCAAACAGCCUCCUGUUGCUCCAUGGCUCUGCAGGAACAGGAAAUGUCCUGCAUUGGGAAUGGGUUUUAAUGUUUCACAACAACACUGGUAUGGUUCUUGCAGACAAUCAAACUGUUAGCUAUUCUUUUGCGGAUGUUGCAGAUCACCGUGUCUCGCUUAAUGCAUCAAAUGACAUUAGCUGGCAAACUGUUUCAUAUACUGUUACCGUUCAGGAUGCCAUCCAGGGACUUAUACUUGCGGCUAGCAGCGAUGUUGUAUGUGAGGACGAUCCAGUUACUUUCACACCAUCUGUCUCCCAAGGAAGUGAAGUUUCCUUUUCUUUGGAGUUUGUUAAUGCAAGUUAUUCCGUGGAAAUUUGGCAGAAUUUUACCAUCUCUUCUCUUUCAGUCAGAAACCACCUUGUAAGAGCAACAGCAACAAAUCAUGUCAGUUACCAAAGUGCAACAGCGAUUGUCAGAGUUGUGGAAAGAAUUAAAGGUCUGCAUUUGAUCGGAUGUUGUUCUGCUGUCCUGGAGGCAUCCAAAAACAUCAGUUUUCAAGCGUCCAGUGGCUCACUAGCCAAUUACCACUGGACUUUCCUAUUAAAUGGAGUCCAGUCCUCUCGGGAAAUCGGGCAAAAAGUUCACUUCACACCUUUCACUAAUGGAUCCCUGUCUGUUACAGUGAAAGCUGAUAAUGGCUUCUGUUCACAGUCCCUUACCAGUACAGCAACAAUACAGAAGCAUGUGAAGAAAGUGAAGCUAUUUACCACCCAUGAUGGAGCUUUUAUUGAUUAUCCGAUUACAUUUGUAGCUAUCACAGAUGGAGGCAGCAACCUUAAAUUCCUUUGGGAUUUUGGUGAUGGCAGUGAAGGAGUCCUGGUUACAGAAUCUAAUAGAGUCCACAAAUAUAAUGUUACUGGAGAGUUUGUUGUAAAAUUAACAGCUUUCAACAACAUAAGUGAGGUCUCUACUCAAAUGACAGUUGAAGUACAAAAGCUGGAGUGUACCCAGCCACAUAUCUAUGUAGUAAAAGAACAAUAUAAAAUAUUAAAAUCCAGACCAAGUUUCUUUGAAGCAAGAGUGGACUUUAAUGGUUGUGUUACACACAAAGCAUAUUAUUUCUGGGAGAUCUUCAGUGGACAGGAUUGCUCAGGAAUGGACAAGGUGUCCUUAAAUGAUUCAGUGGAUGUCACAACACCGCUUCUUUCUCUGCCAAAGCACGCUCUGAAAGUGGGAAGCUACUGCCUGACAUUUACUGCCGGACUUCGAGGAACUCCUCUACAUCAGAACAGAGACGUACAGCUUACUGUGUUCCACAGUGAGUUGGUGCCUGUGAUUAAAGGUGGUUCUCACAGGUUCUGGUCAAGUCAGUACGAUCUGGUUUUGGAUGCGACUGAGUCUUUUGAUCCAGAUUCAGAGGAGAAUGAUAAUGAGCUGUUUCAGUUCCAGUGGGGUUACACUAUAGAGAACACAACAGCAUUGUCUUCAGCUGUUUCCACCCUUCAUCAACAUAUUCCAAGAAAUGGAAGUAUACUGCUUCUUCCCAGAAGUGCACUGCUGCCAGACAGAAUGUUCCACUUUACUCUCAUCCUUUACAAAAGUGGACGACAACCUGUGUCUAUAUCACAGUCAGUUACAGUGUACAAUACCACAUUGCUUCAUGUGACUGUAAAGUGUGUCUCAUGUAAUUCCCUGCUGUCAUUCCAUGUGAGUCACGGCCGUUACGUUACAUUGGCUGGUCAUUGUUCCUCAUGUCAAGACACUGUACAGUACAGGUGGACUGCAGAGAAUCAGGAAGGUGAAGCUCUAACACUGAACGAGGUCACUACCUCGACAGGAAAUCUCUGGAGAGAAAUAGUUAUUAAACCAGGGGUGUUAAUGGAGGGCCAAGAAUAUACCUUUACUCUCAACGUGUCUGAACCAGCCUCUGGGCUUUGGGGGUCGGCAAGCAUCACCUUAGUCCCCAACCAUCCUCCCUACGGGGGUAUUUGCACUCUGUCACCUGACGACUCGCUUCAUUUCCUGGAAACCAUGGUCUCUUACAGUUGCUCAGGGUGGAUGGAUGAUGACGGUGACUCAGCUCAGCUGAUAUUUUCACUGCAGGUGGCACAGUGUGAUGAUUUUGGACUAUUAUGUCCCAUGAUUACCCUUUACAGAGGCACUCAGAGCACGUUCAGCUCCCUGGUGCCACUGGGUAGUGUGAGCACAGUGGAAAACUUAACUGUUAUUCACGUGCUGGUGCUGGUAGAGGGCAGUAUGGGGGCAUCAGUCAUUGCAGCGAGAAAGAACCUGACAGUGCUGCUGAGUGACCAAUGCACAACGGAGUGGUUGAGGAAUAAGAGCCAAUCAGAAUUAUGGGUCUUGCGCCAACAAGGCAAUCCUCAGGACAUCAUUCAAUAUUCUAUUGCCCUGAGCAGCCAACUUAACCAGCUAGCGUCCAUAAAUGCUCAAGAGAUGGAGAACAAGAUUCAGACACGUGGAAAUGUCAUUCAGGCUCUGGCGUCUCUGCCAAUCUCCUCCUUCCAGGAUGUGGCUCUGAUCAGCUCAGCUUUGGCCCAGUCUACCGUGGUUCCCUCUGAAGUGCAGUGCAACGGCUGCCAUGCAAAGGUGCUGAAGGUCACAGAGAAGAUGAUCAAAGCGAUAAGAGAACAAACAGGACAGGGUGACAUCAACCCCACAGACACCGGCAGGAACAUUCUGGCUGUUUUAAGCAGCACACUGACUGCUGAUCAGAGGCAGAGGAACAAUUCAGGCCUCAAGCAUGUGGAUACAUCAGAGACAGCUGUAUCAGCACUAGGCCAGAUUUUCGAGCUCAUGCGUUCAUUAAUGCUGUCGCAGAUGAGUGGGGGAGAAGCUCUUUCCCUCACUGUUCCAAAGAUCACUGCGGUGGGCAUACGGGGUGACCCUACUAAAGACCUCCUGUGCACAGAUCCCCUUAGUCACUGCCAGUUUCACGUCCCAUCAGCACUGAGCUCUCAACUAAAGGAGGAAAAACAAGAGGUCCUGCAGAUCCUCCUGCAAAUGGAGGGUGAAGAAAACCCAUUCAUUCCAGCUGCAGUGCCUCCCAUAUCGACCACGCUCGCAGCCAUGGAGUUUGCUACACCACAGGGGCAGUCCAUUUCCAUUGCCAACCUGACACUAGACACUGCGAUACAAUUUACUUUACACAAAAAAGUAAAAGAGAUGGAAGAUGAGAGGUUACGAUGGAAAAAUUUUACUCUACCACCCAAGGGAAGUGUAAAUUUCACAGUCAAAGCAAUGGACUCAGAUCCUCAGACUGGCCUCUAUGUUGCCUUAAACUUCAGUCUCAUUCCAGGAGCUGGUGAGGAAGCCUAUGGAUUAGUAUGGAUCUCUGUCAUUGACCAACCAGUUCAUCCACUGUCAGAACACACUCAUUCUGAAGAGCUCGCCCUCUCUCUCUCAGCUCGAACUCCAUCACUGGAGCACACAAUCUUCCUUACACCACUCUUGAAUGACUCUGCUAAAGACCUGUAUGUGAAGCUGAACAGUAGCGUCAGAGGUGUGGACAUGUCCGUCUCAGUGUGUGUGUUCAGCGUGCUGUGCCGGUUCUUCAGUGUUGAUGAGAGGCGCUGGAGCAGUGACGGCUUGAGUCCUCUGAGUGGCAGCAGCCCCCACACUGCCCACUGCCUCACACACCACCUCACUAUGUUUGGAGCCAGCCUCUUCAUCCAUCCUGAUGCACUUCUACUGCUGCCACCUUCAGAGGUGCCAGUGAGAAAUGUGGUGGUGGGAAUAGUUUGCGGAGUCUUGCUGGUAAUUCAUCUGCUGGUUGGUCUUAUCGCUCACAAACUGGAUCACCUGGAAAGUCUACGUCUGAGUUGGGUUCCUCUGUGUGGUCAGAAAGGUUGCUACCAGUACCGAGUUCUUGUCAAAACAGGUUGGAAAAGAGGAUCUGGUACCACUGCACAUGUUGGCAUUAGCCUGUAUGGCCUGAAUAAAAGUGGCUCACGUCACCUUCAAAGAGAAGGAGCUUUCCAGAGGAAUAGCCUGGAUGACUUCCAAGUUGAAACAGAUGCCAAUCUCGGAGAGAUCUGGAAAAUACGCAUCUGGCAUGACAACACAGGCCUAGACCCAUCCUGGUUCCUAAAACAUGUGAUAGUCUGGGACAUACAAACAGACAACAUGUUCUUCUUUUUGGUGGAAGACUGGCUAUCUGUGGAGAAUGAAAAGAACUCUGGAAGGGUGGAGAAAGUUAUUUUAGCAUCUUGUCCUCAGGAGCUGCAGCAGUUUAAGAGGAUCCUACAUUCCCAGUUACUAUUUGGUCUUCGAGAGCACCAUCUGUGGAUUUCAUUAUGGGAACGGCCUGCCCAUAGCCGUUUUAGCCGAGCCCAGAGAGUCACCUGCUGCGCCCUCUUAUUACAUCUCUAUCUGGCAGCUGGGGCAGUUUGGUAUGGAGCAGUGGGCAGAAAGGGCAGCAGCGGUCCAGUCUCUACCCAGAUGGUGAUGAAUGCAGAGAACAUAUUGGUUGGAAUAACAGUUGCAGCUUUGAUGUUCCCUUUCCAAACCAUUCUUAGAUUUCUCUUCCAAAACAUCAAGAGCAAGGUGACAUUGGAGGUAUCUCUGCCUCCCUCUCCUGUGUCUCAUACCGUGGAGAUGGAUGUUUUCCUCAGUCACCCAGAUCUCUCCUGUUCAUCUUUUCUGUCACUGCCGAUAGGCCCCGACUCUUCCAUCUAUGAUGGACCGUCUCCAUUCACUAAUUCCCUGCAGAAACUAGAUUCAGAGUUUUGGAAUACUCCAGACCCUGGGAAUGACCGAAUGGAUCAGUGGACUUCAUGUGACAGUAUCUUUGGCGUGCCUGAGCUAACAGGAACCAAUCACCUUCUGAAAAGAAAAAAAGCCAUUCUACAACUACAUUUGUCAACUCCGACCUCCGACCACGACACCUUAGAACCAAUCAGGUCUUCAGAGGAAGAUCUUAGAUCUAUAUCUGCAGACCUGGAUCCUGCAAAUACGCUUUCCUGGGAGCCAGAAGCAUCUGACAGUGGCCAUUUCACACCCAACGACACCAUCCUGUCUGACAUCCAGGACAGCUUGUGCAGUGAGUGGUCUGAUCUGAGCGUGGAUACGCCUACAUCUGAACCUGGCUUUCACAAGUCCUCCUCCUCACUCUCAGUGCUCAGUGAUGCCAGCACAUUUCUCCCUAGUCUCCCACCCGACUCUAUAAGCACCAUCUCCAACACACGCAUUGGUGUUGUUCGUGGUGUACCUGGCUUGUUUCUUCCAUCAUGGGUUCUGCGUGUGGUUCACCCACUGGUGGCUGUUUUCUUGGGAACAAGCCUGGCUCUGGUGGGACUGUAUGGAAGCAGGUUUUCCAGCUCUGUGGUUCUCAUGUGGUUGGUGUCUGCCCUGUCAGCUUUCCUCACUUCUGCCUUGCUGUUGGAGCCAUUUGCGAUCUGUAUUCAGGCACUAUAUCUGGCUGCUGUGGUGAGACCAGUGGACCCAGAGGUGGAGGACCGUUUGGCUCAGGAGACAGAAGUCAGAAGAACAGAAGAGGGUCUGGGGGAUAAGGUGCAUCCUCUCUGUGGAUACAGCCUGCUGCAGGCUAAAGAGGAAGCGCGGAAGCUGAGAACGUUAAGAGUCUUAAUGAGGAGAUGCUUAGUCUAUAUGCUUUUCCUGUUGGUGGUUCUGAUGGUGAACUACCAGGAACAUGUGCAUGAGGCAAACAGCAGACGGCUUCACUCAGCUAUUAAACACAUGCUGAUCACAGCUUCACCAGGCCAGCCCUGUCUCACUGCAUUAUCAGGAUGGAUGAAUGCUGAACAGUGGGUAGAUGAGAGAUUAAUAUCACACCUGUAUGAAAACCCUUCUCUUUCUUUAACUGGCCCCGCAAGACUACAGAAAGUUCAUUUUCAAGACUUCUGCAGUCAAAACAUCAGAGAUAAGUUCCAAUCUGGUCGACUUCCUUUGAUGCUGACUGCUCAUGUUUCAUCACAUGCCAAGCCUGGACAGCAGAGCUCCUCAGCACACAGCAAGAACACUGCAGCACUUUCAACGUGGACUACAGGUGCAUCAUGUGCAUUCAGUCAGACAGAGGAAGUAAUACUUGGGAACAACAGUGAAUCCACACGUCAGAUCCUGUCGGACCUACAGACGGCAAAGUGGAUGACAACAGGGACACAGGCAGUAUUGAUAGAGUUCACUCACUAUCAUAAACAGACGGGCAUCUUGGCACCUGUUUCUAUUCUCCUGGAUCAAACACAGACAGGCAGAGUCCUUUCUUUCAUCUCCAUCCAGCCUUUUCACAUCUCUCCAUUAUUUGGUCCAGACUUACACACCACAUUGACGGUUCUGCUACUGCUGUUUGGCCUGUGCUUUGCGAGUGCUGAAGUAUGGGCCUUGAUCAGGAAGUCAAGUCAGCACCCGAGGCAAGCCUGGUGCUGGUUUCAGCUGCUGUUAGCUCUACUGACACUAGCAGCAGCUGUUCUUCGUCUGUAUUUCCUCUCUAUGACUACAGCCUACAUCUCCAGACAUCGCUCCCGGCCCUCCUCCUUUGCUGACUUCCAUAGUUCUGCCAGACUGGCCAGAAAAUCCAAUCAGCUCUCAGCAAUUUUAUUAACCCUCUUGGUUCUAAAGACGGUGGGGAUCCUGAGGUUUGUCAGGCGAUGGUUGGUGUUUGGUCGGGUUAUUCGACAGGUAUUCCCUCAGAUCUGUGGCGUAGUGUUCCUGUUGCUCCUUAUGUUGCUUCUGUUCUCUCACGUAGGCAUCAUGCUCUUCUCGGGUUCAGUGGAGGGCUUUAGGACCUUAGGGCAGGCGAGUUCCUCUCUGCUAUGUUUGCUAAGGGGGCACAUGGGGUUGCGUCGACUUUGUGAGCAUCAUCCAGUGGUGGGAACUCUCUACUGCCUGUCUGCCGUGGGCAUUGGAUUUUGGGUACUGGGGCGCCUAUGUGCUGCUGUAUUGAUUCGAACUUACCGAAUGGUGCAGUCAGACAUUUACAGACCAUCCAUGGAGCCGCAGGACUAUGAGAUGGUACAGUUCCUCAUUAAACGGCUCAAGCUAUGGAUGGGGCUUAGCAAGACCAAAGAGUUUCGGCACAGAGUCAAGUUCGAGGGAAUGGUUCCUCCACCCUCCAGAUCCUCCCAGGGCUCUGAAGCCUCCAGCUGCUCUGUCCCGCUCAGUCCCAUCAGUCAUCAGGGAUCAUCUGCCUCUUCUUUGGCCUCCGAUUCAUCUGUCAUUUCAGCCAGUUUUGACUUCCAGCAUUAUGUGGACCGCCUGGUGCCCUGUGUUGACAGCCUCCUGGCUGGUUUCGACCGUGUCAACCAGCUGACCGAAGAAGUCUAUAACUUUGAGCUCCAACUGCAGCAGAUCCAGAGCAGAAUUUACCAGAGAAGAAAGUCUCCGCCUCAGCAAGUGACCUUCAAGGGACAUGAUGCAACACCAGAGCCACCACCGCUCCCUCGACAUCCAUCUACCUCUGUUUUGGAAUGUAACCCCACUCCAGCUUCUCUCCAAGGUGUCAUUAAUACCCUUCCACAUCGCCGUGCUACACGCUCAGAGUCCUCCCUGUUGGGGCCGGCUGCUCAGCUGGGUAAGAGAAUACUUUCUGCAUUGGAUGGAAGGAUGAACAGCCCAAACCCGAGAAAAUGGGGUGUCCCAAGACGCAGAGCCUGGAAUUCAGUCACCUGCCAUUCUGCUGACACCGCUCAGAGGUUACCUGGAUCUCACAGCACUGUGGCCUUGCCAGCAAGACCCCGGAGUGAAGACGGAGACCGAGAGCAUGCAUGUGACGGCAUGCCGAUUAAGAGACAGGCAUGGCACACUGAAUAAGAGUUUCAAGUAUGCUAUUAAGUAUGAAUAAUAAUUUUUUGAAACAGUGAAUACAGUGUGUUAGUUGCAAUUGCUUUAGAUUUUGUAAAUUGUGUUUCUACCUCUUGACUGGUGCUUUUGCGCUGCUUUUCAUGUUUGUUUGCCUUUGAUUUCACCACAAUCAGUCUUCUGGGACAUGUAUCUUCUUGUAUAUUAACAAAAUCUGUUUUAUUUUUGCCAAUAAAUUGAC